AUGUCUGACGUCGAGUCUAUCAAACCCGAAGUCUCUCACGAUGAAUUAGCUGAUCUUAGAAAAGAGGUGGAGGCUACUGCUGACCUCAACAACCCCGACGCAUCGCUUCAAAAGUUACUUGCCAGACACCCAGUUUCUGAGUUUUCCAAGACUCGCAUCAAGCUUUACGUCUUGUGUGUGUGCCUCUAUUUGUGUCCUACCAUGAAUGGAUACGAUGGAAGUCUUGCCACUUCCAUCUCCACUUUGCCGCUGUUUCUUGACUAUUUCAACUUGCACAACUCGCCUGCCUCAACUGGGUUGUUUUUCGCCAUCUACCCUAUUGCAGCCAUGGCGCUGACACCGUUCAUUCCACUUCUCUGUGACGGAAUUGGAAGAGUCAAAACCAUCAUUAUUGGCCUUCUGAUUCUUUGUGUGGGGGCCAUUGUGUCGGCUACCGUCAAAACGUUGAACCUCUUGAUUUUUGCCCGGUUUCUCUUGAGUUUUGGGGCUAAUAUCGCCAGUCUGGCCGCACCCAUGCUUCUUAUGGAAACCCUUCCUCCCAACCGGAAAUCAAUGGGGCUUUUCUUCAACACCUUCUACUAUGUGGGUUCUAUCGUGUGUACGUGGGCUAGUUACGGUACGCUGAUUGCUUAUGACGACGAAAAACAGUUCAAAAUCCCCUUGUGGUUGCAACUCUUGUGUCCAGGUAUCUGCCUUUUGUUUGUGUGGAUGUACCCUGAAAGCCCACGGUACCUCUACUCGAAGAACCGUAUCGACGAUUGUCGCCAGUUUCUCAUCAAAUACCACGCGGGCGGUGACCCCAACCACCCGAUCGUGUUGGCCGAGCUCAACCAAAUCGCCCAGUCGUUCGAAGUCCUGGGCUUGCUCAAACCUCGGGACUACUUUGACUUCAGUGGGUUCUUGAGGACUCGCCUGAGACGCCACCGCUCGUUAUUGGUGGUGGUGUGGUCUUGGUUCAACCAGUUCAGUGGAAACCAAGUCAUUUCCUAUUAUAUGACGACGUUAUUCUUGAAUCUUGGAAUCAAAAAUGCCACCACUCGUCUUCUUUUGACGGCCGUCAACUCGAUCAUAUGUUUCUUGUUUGCAAGUGCUGGGGCCUUUGCCAUGGAAAGGAUCGGAAGACGGCCGGCCUUGCUCUAUGCCAACACCGGGUUUAUUAUUUCCUUCAUCGCCUUGGCGGUGUCUACCAAGAAGUUUGAUGAUGAUAACGAUAAUAAGCAGGCGGCGGCGGCUGGAAUCGCCUUUAUCUACAUUUUCCAGGCGGUGUUCUUCUCGUUUGCAAUGACACCAUUACAGCCCACUUACCCAUCGGAGAUUCUUUCCAAUGACAUGAGGGCUCGGGGGAUGGCGAUGUACAUGUUCAUCUCUAAUGCUGCUUCCACCUUGAACUUGUAUACAGCGCCAUUGGCGAUGCAGAAUAUCACAUACUGGUACUACGUGUUCUAUGUGUUUUGGGAUACUUUCCAGUUGGUGGUGGUGUACUUUUUGUUUGUGGAGACCAGUAACUUGACAUUAGAGGAAAUCGAGCAUGUUUUCGAUACGUCAAAUGCUGUGAAGGAGAGUGUGAGGCUCUCGAAGAAGGCAAAAAGUUCUAAAAAAGGUGGGUACGCUGAUGAAGAAAAUGUUAAGGAGGAUGUUAAGGAGGAUGCUAAGGAAGAAGUUGGAGUAUAAGCACCGUUGUGCUGGAACGUUUUACAAUAUUUAGGGCGACUGACGCCAAUCUGUACUCGCCUAUGAGGUUGGCUUUAUAGGUUCUGUGAUAAUCCCACGUAUACU